GGGGAAGAAGAGCAAAGUGUGAAGCGUCGGUGGAUGCCGGAGGAAGAAGGGCAGAGUGCGAAGCUUGAGAUCAAAGGUAGGUGGAUGACAAAGGGGUAAUUCAAUGGCCUGAGAAAGUAGUACACCCACCCCCUAUCGAUCAUCCCUUCCGGUGGUAGUGAGGGAUGGACCCCAAGAGGAGAAAGACCCAAGACUUUGCGGACAAGGCUGAUUCCACUGCUACGGAUACUGGGAAUUCGGGUAUAGCGGAGUCCCAAGCCACUGAUUCGAAGGCCGAGCCUGUGGAACUCAAUGCAGAAACCCGAAAGAGUCAUUACCCCAAACUUAUGGAAAAUAGGAAAAGCACUCUGAAUGGUUUUCGUGAGCAUCACGGGCUUCCCCGAAGGCAGCGUGAGCAGGGGCGGCUUGGUCAGCAGUGGUGGAGCAUAUACCACCCCCUUAAGAAAUUGAAGGAGUUGAAUAGAAAGAAAGAUAUUGUGUGCCUUAUCUUAUCAUAUCCUCCUAUGAAUUCAGCUAACAAAGAGAGACACAAGAACUGGGUUCGGGAUGUUUUGAAGAUAAAUCACAAACUAAGGGAAAUGGAAACAUUUUCAAGCCAGCAAAAGACGAGUUUUUCAGAGCUAUCUUCUGAAAUCACUACACUGCUGGAUCAUUCACUCGAUGAUAUUGAAGCUUAUGUUCCACCAAUGAUCAUUGAGAAGAUGUGUGAGAAAACUUUGCAAGUAACAGAGCCUGAUGAAAAAUUACGUAAUUUGGCUGUUAAUUUUGCUACUCGCCAAAUUCUAGAAGAAAUAGAAAAUCCUGAGGUCCGGAGGAUCAGGAUUUCAGAAAGAGAUGGGAUCAGAGUAACAUCAGCAGUGAAAGAUCUACCUCAGAUACGAAAAAGGUUUAAUAUCAUCAUUCAGGUUGAUGCCUCAUCAUAUCCAAAUAUUAAAGGCAUUGAAGAGAAUAUCGCAACACAAUUAGGCUUCUCAUUGGACAUUUGGGUGUUAAAUAGCAUCUUGAAAAACACCAGUUUCUUAAUCUUUCUGGAUGACCUUUAUGAAAGGAUCGAUCUGUAUGAAGUGGGAAGAAAGUGGUGGAACUCAAAGAACAUUCAAAAGAUAGUUUGUUCGACUGGAUCCCAUGAAGUUCAUCAAAGAAUGGCAGUGGAUCGACAGAUCAGGUUGGAGGAUCAUCUGUUAUCUUGGGAAUUAUUUUGUUUGAAUGUUGGCAAAAUUGUGCAUUCUUCAAGUUUCCAACACAGAGCCAUUGAUGUGGUUCAAAAGUGUUCUGGCCAUUUACUUGCUGUUGCUCUAAUGGCAAGAGCUUUGAAAAUGGUCUUCGAUGUCAGCAUCUGGGAACAUGCAUCUUAUAUACUAAGCUUGUCUCACAGAUCUCAGUCGAAAGACACAGUUUUGUAUAAUGCAUUAGCUUUCAUUCUGGGGCGUUCAGGUUCAGCAGAUAAAUGUGUAAACUACUGUGCAUUUUACAUGGAGAGGGAAGGAGUGGACAAAGUUGAUUUGAUUCAGGAGUGGAUCAGACAUGCCUUAAUCAGCACAUUUGAUGAAGGAGAAAAAAUUGUUCACGAUCUUGUCAGUGCCUUCUUGUUAGAGAGUUUUCAGAAUGGAUAUUUUGUCCAAAUGCGGGAUGAAAUCCGUGAGGUGUUAGUAAAUUCACAAUUUCUUUUGCAAGGUGGAAAGGGUCUUACUAAGGCACCAAAAGAUGAGGCAUGGGAGGAAGCCAGUGAAAUCCAUUUGAUGAAUAAUAAAUUUUCUGAGCUGCCAAAGAGUCCAAAUUGUCCCCAACUCUGUGCAUUGUUCUUACAAAAGAACCCUUCUUUGCGAGUUAUUCCUCCACUUUUCUUUCAACAUAUGCCUAUACUCCAAAUCCUAGACUUGUCACAUACUAAAAUAAGAUCAUUACCUCAAUCUCUUUAUGGGUUGGCACAACUGCAAAGACUCUUUUUGAGAGGCUGUAAACUCUUCAUGGAGCUGCCACCUGAAGUCGGAAAACUCAGUAAUCUUAAGGUGCUUGAUCUUGAGGGGACUGAAAUUGUAAGGCUACCUGUGGAUGUUGGAAAAUUGACAAAUUUAACUUGCUUGAAAAUGUCAUUUUGUGGGGAUAAUGACAAUAGAAAAGAUAACCAAUACUCAAACAGAAUAAUUCCUCAGGGUGUGAUGCCCAAUCUAUUCCAUUUGAAAGAAUUAAUCAUAGAUGUCAAUCCUAAUGAUAAGCGAUGGAAUGCCAAUGUGGAAGAAAUUGUAGAGGAAGUGUGCAACUUAGACCGGUUGGAGGCGCUUCAACUUUACUUUCCAGAAGUUCUACUUUUGAAUAACUUGAUGGAUGGAUCAUCAAUAAACCUCCCAGGUAUGCGCUUUAGAUUUACUGUUGGCAGCCAUCUGAAGCCCAUAAUAUCCCGACUACCACUUGAAGCUAUAGCUAAAUUUGAAGAAGAAGAAAGAUGCUUGAAGUAUGUGAAUGGUAAAGGUGUCCCAACUAAAAUUGAGGAGGUACUUGAGCUCACUACUGCAUUGUUCCUGGAUCGCCAUUCAACUGCUACCAGUUUAUCUGAGUUUGGAAUUGAAAAUAUGAGGAAUCUAAAAGUUUGUGUAUUAGGCGAAUGUGAUGAGAUUCAAACCAUUACGGAUGCGGAUGAAGAUGAUGAUGGAGGUGUUGUACUUAAAUCACUAGAGUAUUUGAAUCUUUAUUAUAUGAAGAAUUUAAGGAGCAUUUGGAAGGGGCCACUUGGAUGGUGUUCUCUAUCACGUCUAAAAUCUUUGGUGCUGCAUACAUGCCCCCAAUUGACUACCAUUUUUACUUGGAAUGAGACUUUUUAUCUCACUAACUUAGAGGAGCUUGUAGUUGAAGAUUGCCCCAAAAUUGAAAGCAUAGUAGUGACUCAUGAUCCUACUGGUACUAAACCAAUGUUGUGGACAAAUUAUUUAUUCUCAAAGUUGAAGAAGAUAUCACUUCAUUACAUGCCUAAACUGGUCAGCAUUUCCAAUGGUCUACGCAUUUCACCAAUAUUAGAAUGGAUGAGCUUCUAUGAUUGUCCAAGCCUCAAAACUCUUUCCCCAGAGGAAGUUCACAGUAAUGAAUUGAAAGUGAUAAUAGGAGGGGCAGAAUGGUGGAGAGAAUUGAAGUGGAACAAAUCAGAAUGGCUUCAGCCACCCAAUCUGGAUGCUAUCUUUCAUCCAAUUGAAAAGGACACAUAUUUCGUUACACGUCUAGCAGAAAUUAAUGAUCAACUUCAAGCUAGGAUGCAAGAAACAGAGCUUUCUCAACAGUCAGUUCCUGGUGACUCCCUGAAGGCUCCAGCCGUCCAGGAUGGAACAAGCUCAAAGCAGAAGCAAUUUGCUUAGCUUUACCUGAUUUGUACUAUUAAGCUUGAGUUACAUAUUAUGGCUAAUUUCCCAACAGCAGCUGACUGUCUUAGUGAUUGUUGUUUGUUUAGUUAUUUCAUGUUGUGCUUGGUUGUGGAGAAAAGGAAGCUCAGAACCUUACAGAGAUACUCUUUAGGUUAUCAAACCUUGUUUCUCUAGUCUCUUUGAACAAAUGGUGAUGUGAACUUGCUGUAUGCUUUUGAAUUCAGUAGUCAAAAUCAUAUCCUUCAGUUUGAUAUGUAUUUAUUGUUUGCUCUGAUCA